AUGGCAGAUCUCGUCAAUCGACCUCGGAGUGAGCUCACUGAAUUAGAACUCACUCGCCUUGAGGAAUACGAGUUCACCGCUGGACCUUUGAGCGUUUUGCAACAGGCCGUCAAAAACCAUGAUCAAGUCUUAAUCAACUGUCGCAAUAAUAAAAAGCUUCUGGCCAGAGUAAAGGCUUUUGACCGUCAUUCCAAUCUUGUUUUAGAAAAUGUCAAAGAGAUGUGGACCGAGCGUAAACGAAAUGCCUCUGGAAAAAAGGGGAAAGCCGUCAAUAAAGAUCGCUUUAUAAGUAAAAUGUUUCUGCGUGGGGACGGCGUUGUCCUUGUCGUACGCGUCCCUUCUGCCUAA